CGAGCUGACAUGGCCGCUGGUCGCACUACAGCGGCCUGUGCCCGGGGCCUCUUCUGGGCCGCCCAGCUAAACCGCGGCGUGACGGUUAAAAAUAGCUACCGCUUCUCAGGACACCCGGUCGUGUAAAACAAGCCCUUGUUCCCUAGGAGAAAUGAGUUCCCUUUUAUUUUUCCAUUCAGUGUAAACAGUGAAUAAAACCUGGGUUGCCUUUAGUUACCUUUUUUUUUGGGAAUCGAAUUAAUCAUUUUAAUUAUCUAAAGCUAGUUAACCUAUAUUUUAUUAAAGGCCACGUGUGAUUACUAGUCCCCACCGCAUAGAGCUGACGUUGUGAGUACCCCAAGGCAGAAAAAAGGAAUUUGCAUGAAGUGAUUAAUUUCCACCAUGAUCUCACAGUGUUCACAAGAACUAUUAAAGAUUGCAAAUCUCCAGAGUCUGAAAUUAAAUCAGUAUUUAAGAAAGCACAGAAGAGCUUUUAGCACCAAGUCACUGCCUACAUGUCGAAGGAGAGUAGUUGUUACAGGUAUUGGCUUAGUGUCUCCUCUUGGUGUGGGGACUCAGUUUGUGUGGAACCGCCUUCUCCAAGGAGACAGUGGGAUUGCAUCACUAGACGGGGAAGAAUAUGCAAGUGUUCCGUGUAAAGUGGCUGCUUGUGUGCCCAGGGGAAACGAGGAGGGUCAGUUCAGUGAAGAAAGCUUUGUCUCAAAAUCAGAGAUCAAAUCCAUGAGUUCUGCUACUGUCAUGGCGAUUGGUGCGGCAGAGCUAGCAAUAAAAGAUGCUGAUUGGUCUCCUCAGUCUGAACAGGACCGCUUAACAGCUGGUGUGGCAAUUGGAAUGGGAAUGGUUCCGCUGGAAGAGAUUUCUGAGACAGCUUUUUUAUUUAAAACAAAAGGUUAUAACAAGGUCAGCCCAUUCUUUGUGCCAAAGAUUUUAGUCAAUAUGGCAGCAGGUCAGAUCAGCAUUAAGUAUCAACUGAAGGGGCCAAAUCAUGCCGUAUCUACUGCUUGUACCACAGGAGCACAUGCUGUUGGAGACUCCUUUAGAUUUAUUGCCCAUGGUGACGCUGAUGUGAUGUUGGCUGGAGGGACUGAGGCUUCUAUUAGUCCCUUGUCCCUGGCUGGAUUUGCAAGAGCUCGGGCCCUCAGCACUGGUUUUAACUCAAGGCCUAAAAUGGCAUGUCGACCAUUUGAUUCACAGAGAGAAGGGUUUGUAAUGGGAGAGGGUGCAGCAGUCCUAGUGUUAGAAGAAUAUGAACACGCUGUACAAAGAGGUGCUAGGAUCUAUGCAGAAGUUUUAGGUUAUGGACUGUCUGGUGAUGCUUGCCACAUAACAGCACCUAAUCCAGAGGGAGAUGGUGCAUUCAGAUGUAUGUCUGCAGCAAUAAGAGAUUCUGGAAUCAAACCUGAAGAUAUAACAUAUGUCAAUGCACAUGCAACUUCUACACCUCUAGGAGAUGCUGCUGAAAAUCAGGCAAUCAAGAGACUUUUUAAAGAUCAUGCACGGCAUAUUGCAGUUUCCUCGACAAAAGGAGCAACAGGGCAUCUCUUGGGGGCUGCAGGAGCUAUUGAAGCAGCUUUUACGACACUGUCCUGUUACUAUGGAAUUUUGCCACCUACUUUAAACUUACAGAAAACAGAGGCAGGAUUUGAUCUCAAUUAUGUUCCACUAACAGCUCAGGAGUGGAAAACUGAGAAACGGCGCAUUGCACUCACAAAUUCAUUUGGCUUUGGUGGUACUAAUGCAAGUUUGUGCUUUGCAAGUGUUUAAUUUAUACCAUAUGUGAGACAGUGCAUUAUUAUGUGGAUUUUUAUAGUGCUUUGAAAAAUAAUAUUGAUAAUGAUUUUGUUUUCUGCCACAUUUUGUGUAUACUGUGCGAUCUUUUUUGUUUUUCUCAGCUUUGAGAUGUGCUCAUGUCAUACGUAAGAACUUUACUCGCUCUAACAUUUAUGUCAGUAAUUCUUUAAAAGAGUUUCCUUUACUCAGUGUAAUAUAAAUAAGCCUAUUCUUCAUGUGGUAAAUAAGUUUUUAUUUUUGACUAGAAGAGGAUAAUUGCAGCAACUAAUCUGAAUAGCAUUAUUUUGAGAGAAGUGGAUCAAAAUGAUGAUAAAUACGGUAUUUGAAUUGCUGCAUUUCUUACUGCUGUAUCUCUUACUUGGCUCCAUCAUUUUUGGGGCUAAACAACUUGAAGUGAACUGUGAGUUGCUUGUACAAGACACACACAAAUUUCCAAACAUGGAUUUUCUUUAAUGCCUUUUUCUCCUUCUGUUUUUCUAAAUUUGCUUCCUACAAUGUUCUUUUCAGCAGUCAGGGUGGAGUAACAUCUGGUGAUACAUGUGGAUAUCACUUCCAUUUAAUAAAAGGGAGAAGUGGAUGUUCAUGCUUUUGGUAGGCUCUCAUCUCUUAUCAUUGCCUAUAGACUGCUAUAGUGGGUCAGGUAUGUGCUCUUUUUCAGUGUUCUGUCUACAGCACUGCUCAGCACAUGUUGUCUGUGCCAAGCACUGAAGCAGGAGGUACUGACUCUCAAAAAGAGAGGCUGCUGCUUAUCAGCAAAAAAAUGUCCUGUUAGUGCAGGUAACAGUGGAGACUUGGGUUUUUCUCCUGUUUUGGCUGUCAAAAGGCUUAGUACAGUGCCUUCUGUAUGCACUCGGCAGCGCAAGCUAUUGGUUGUCAGGUCUCUCAUCUAAAGCAUUAGAUGAUCCUCCAUUUUUAUUUUAAUUUACCAUUUCAAUUCUAGUUCAUCAUGUCAAAAGUAUCUGAUCUGGUUUUUUGAAUCUGACAUUAUGGUUUUGAGUAAAUAAAGUUGUGGAUAUACAGAAGCAGUAGUGUUUGUGGUCCUUGGAAAAGAUGAUGAGAGUUUCUGGUCUUGCUUCCUGUUCAGUUUCCUACUGGCUGAGGAAAUCAACUGAGUGCAUACAGCAGUCUCAGGGUUGUGACAAUGGAGGAAAAAUGGCACAAAUGUUUAAAAUUAUUAGCUAACUGUUCAUUUUAAAAAGUAUAAAUAUAAAAACGGAUACUGCUGAAGUAUGAAGCAUAUGCAUGUGAUGAUUAAGAGUGCUCAAAACCAGAAAUUAUAUUUUACAGAAAGUUAUGUAGAUAUAUUGCAGUUUACCCAACAUGAGCAACCAACUGACGAUUCUGUGUUUUUACUUAUUUAGAAUAGCUUUUUCAAAUGCACAUGGCAGAGAUUACUCAGCACUAUUUAUGCAAAAGCAAGGCUAACUAACAAGUCAGGACUGUACAGUUUUUGUGACUUGUUGGCUUACCUGGUGAUAAUGCAAAGUUUAUGACUGAACUUUCCUUUUGUAACAUGCUCUGUUUAUAAUUCUUCCUUUUUCCCCAUCGUAAAUUGUUUCAAAUACUGUAGGCUUGCACAAGUUCUUCCACUCAGAUGACAUUCAAGAGUGGUAAUAUAGGAGCUCAUAUUCUGACAGUGGCUCAUUUUCUUUUCAACUUUAUUCAUUUCCAUAUGUUGUGUUACUUCAUUAGCCAAGGAAGGAGUGAUGAUGGUGAAAUAUGCAUACAACAUGGCCUGUACAUUUUCCAUGUGGCAUGGGUACCGAAUUAGUAGAUACUAAUCUGUUUUGUUCUGAAAUUUUAGACAAGUAUAGCAGGGCAGAUGUUCAAAGGUGGUACUGAGGACUUAAAAAUAAUUAUACAGAAAGGAAAAAGACUGAAAAUCAUGUGUUGUUCUGCCAAAAUGAAAAAAUAGAACUAUCUCAAUGUGGAAAACCAGGGAAUUUUGUAACAAACAAAAAUGCCUAUAAAAGCAUAUGUGAGAAACAAACCUGGGUCUUGUGUAGAGGAUGAAAAAGGGGAGGAAAGAGAGCAGGGAAACAGAAUUACGCUUGAAACUGACAUGUUAGUGGUUUAGGUUGUCUUGCAAAGGACAAGUGAAGGACUUAGGCUGUUCCUGAGGACUGGAAGAAAGCCAAUGUCACGCCAGUCUUCAAAAAGGGCAAGAA